UUUAUGAUUUCCCUUGCAUGUAAAUUUUUUUGUAUAAGUAACACAGACAGUAUUUUAAGUAUGGUUAAUACAUUAGCUCAUUCUAUUCUUGUCUGUUCAAGUGUGGAAGUCGGCACAUUGUGGCAAAACAAGAAUGGAAGCCUGUCAUGCUGGAAUUCACAGACCUACAGUAGCUGGGAUCCAUGGGGGAGAGGAUGGGGCGUACUCCAUUGCCCUGUCAGGAGGGUACGAGGAUGACAUAGACCUGGGAGAGUGCUUUACCUACACAGGAGAAGGUGGAAGAGAUUUAAAGGGAACAAAGUCUAACCCAAAGAACCUGAGGACAGCUGCUCAGUCUAAGGAUCAGACCCUGACCCGUGGGAACCUGGCCCUAUCCCGUAAUGUUGAGAGUGGCAACCCUGUCAGGGUUAUCAGGGGCUACAAACUCCGCAGCCCUUUCGCCCCAGAGGAUGGGUACAGAUAUGAUGGUCUGUACACGGUAGAGAAGGCGUGGUUCACGGUGGGGCUGUCUGGCUUUGGGGUGUGGAAGUUUGCCUUGAGGAGGUGUGAAAACCAGGCCCUGCCCCCAUGGAACAUUGUACAGGACAGUCAGUCUGCAGAUUCUGCUGUAAGUCCAAAGGCUAGUCCCUCAGGGAAUAAGGACAAAGCUGCUGGUGUGUCAUCCUCAUCAGAGGAUGCUGAAGCUGAGCUUUGUUCAUCAGAGAAGACAGAAAAGCCUGUUGCAGUGAAGGUAGAGGAGACUACUGAAAAGACUGAUUUUGACAGUACAGCCUCCAAUAAAUGUCCCACAACACCAGUGGACAGCACUGCCACAGAAACCAAAAGUGAAAGUGAUUCUGGGAUUGACUCAGAUUCAGGUUCUGUGGGCAGUCUUCACAGAAGUAACUCGGUGAUAAGUGACGGAUCUACAACCAGUGAUAAUCAGUCCGAAGACAAAUCAGAUGUCUAGACAAAAUCAAGGAUGACAUUGUCACUGUUUUAAACAGAAAUCUCAUGUAUAUAUAUAUAUAGAUCAACCUAAACUGCUAUCACUUUCAAAGUUUGCAUUUAGUUACUGUUUGAACAGAUCUCAAAGAUGUCAGCUGGAUAGGAUUCGUUGUAGUGGAAGUUUACAGAGAGCUUUUGUGGACGUCAGAGUAUUUUAGAUCUCUUAUUGCCAGUCUUAGUCAAUGUGUGAACAAAUCUUUAAGGUGGUGACGGGACAGGAUUCAUUGUAGUGGAAAUUUGCAUUGAUAUUUUGUCGAUAUCAGGGUCAAACUAAUCUAUUAAACCUAAAGUUAACACAAAGUAUUUUAGAUCUCUCUCAAGGAUGCUGACUGGACAGGAUUCACUGAAGGGGAAGUUCGCAUUGAUAUUUGGUUCAUCACCAGUAUAUUUAUAGAUCUCUUUCUGCCAGUCUUAGUCAUUCUUCGAACAGAUCUCAAAGGCGCUGACUGGAUAGAAUUCAUUGCAGGGCAGUUUGCAGAGAUAUUUUGUAGAUACCGGAUUAUUUUAAAUCAUCCUACAAGGUAGUCUGCGUUUGAACAUUGAACUUGAAAGCAAAUCUUUAUGGAUAGUCUGCUGCAAACCUGCUGCCAUUGUAGGUAUCAUAAAUACUCAUCCCAUACACUAUAGAUAUCCACCCAUCUUGUAUUCUCUCAAUUGCACUUGCAGCAUGAACAUAGAUCCGAUAGAUAUGCAAAAAAAAAAAAAAAAAAAAGCAAAAAAACAGGCCUUCUACAUGUAGUUUGCAUAUAUCAUAUGAAUAAUAAUCACAUCGACUAAAGCAUAACAAUUCUGUGCAUAGUUUGAAUUUAAUUUCACUUCAUGUAUGGUGAACCGGAAUCUAUCAGCUAACAUGAAAAGCAUUGUGUGGUUACUUCCUUUAUGGCUGAAUACCUUGUCUACUGAAUCAAAGGCAGUUUUCAGUAUAAAUAAUCAGAGCUCAGUAAUUUUUAUCCCAGUGAUCCAUUUUGGUUUUUUGUUUCCUUCUUUAGGGUUGCUAGGGUUUAUGAUGACCCAUGAUGAGGUUGGCUGUAAUUGUAGAUGGAGAUUGUAAUGUUAGCACUUCUUGUUUUUUCUUUUAAUUGCGAAAUCCAGAUUGCUCUUAUUGUGCUCAAUGCAAGUUUCUUUUAAACAAUUUUAAAAUACAUGCCAAAAUAACAGAUGAUUUUUACUUGCCCUUCGUGUAUAUUUUAUAAUUCUUAUUUUGAUAUUAAAAAAAAAAUUGUAAAAUGAAGUACUUCACAGCUUGUUAGAAAAGUCAGACUACAUCAAAGAAGGAAUUACAUUUUUUAAAAAUCUAAUAUUUUAUAGUAUUAGUAAGAAGGCUCUCGAGGCUUGCACUGUCAAAAGUCCUGUAAUUAUAUUUUUAGUAUCAAUAUGAAAAAAAUAGUAUGCCAUAAUUGUAGUAAAAUCUCAUUUACUGCUCAGUGUAAACUCAUGUGUUAUGUCAUUGUUUGUGUAAUUAGGAUUGAUUUAUAGCAUUUUGGAACCAAAUUAUCAGUAUGUCCAAGGCUUUAUUAGUUAAAGAAAUUAAAGGCUUCUGUUUCUGUUAAAAGAAAUUACCUUUGUGU